GAGGCUGCUCAGAGCGCAGGCGGAGCAGGGAGGGGAGGUUUUACGCACAGCUAAGCACGGUGUGAACUCUGAACGCCAGGAACUCACACAAACAGCUUCGGGCCAAUCAGAGGAAUAUUGAUCUAAAACGUUGAGUUUGAGCACAUCAUAACAGCGCGGUCCGGACAACUUGGACUCAGACGUUGCCAGCUGUGGAGCAAGGCCCAGUGGGUGGAUGCGUGUGUGUGCCUUAAGUGUUUGUUUUCUUACUUCUUUGCACCUUUGGGUGAGGCUUCUGUGAAGAUGAGGGCCAUCACACUGCUGUGUCUUCUGAUGGUUGCGGAGGCUGCAGCCUCCAGGUUCGUCCGUGACUCCCAAAGUGGGCUUGAAGCUUUAGAACCCGGCAACAACAACGCAUCAGUUGUUCUUCCACCCUCGCAGCCGGGCCGACCACGGAGCUCGCACCCCCCCAUGUGCAUAAACCCCACGGAGAUCAAGCAAGCCUUCAAAUAUGUGAACACCAUCAUAUCCUGCCUGAUCUUUGUCGUGGGAAUCAUUGGCAACUCAACACUGCUCAGGAUCAUAUAUAAGAACAAAUGUAUGAGGAAUGGACCCAAUGUACUCAUUGGCAGCUUGGCACUGGGAGACCUGUUAUAUAUUGUCAUCGCCAUCCCCAUCAAUGUGUACAAGCUGUUAGCCGAGGACUGGCCAUUUGGCGUGUACGUCUGUAAGCUGAUGCCGUUCAUCCAGAAAGCGUCGGUGGGAAUCACCGUCCUCAGCUUGUGCGCACUCAGUAUUGACCGCUACCAUGCAGUGACAUCAUGGAGCAGGGUGAAAGGGAUGGGAAUCCCACUGUGGAAAGCUGUGGAGGUGACACUGAUCUGGCUGCUUGCUGUGGUGCUGGCAGUUCCCGAGGCGCUCGCAUUCGACAUGUUGGAGAUACCAUACAGAGGCACCAAGCUGAGGGUUUGCCUGUUGCAUCCAGAACAGACCACAAGCUUUAUGAAGUUCUACAAGGAAGCAAAGGACUGGUGGCUGUUUGGCUUCUAUUUCUGUUUCCCUCUGGUCUGCACGGGAAUCUUCUACACUCUCAUGUCCUGUGAGAUGCUCAGCCGCAAAAAAGGCAUGCGCAUCGCACUCAAUGACCACAUGAAGCAGAGGAGGGAAGUAGCAAAGACAGUGUUCUGCUUGGUGUUGAUUUUUGCUUUCUGCUGGCUGCCCCUUCAUCUCAGCCGUAUUCUGAAGAAAACAAUCUAUGAGGAGGAUGACCCCGACCGCUGUGAGCUGCUCAGUUUCCUGUUAGUGAUGGAUUACAUUGGAAUCAACAUGGCCUCCAUAAACUCCUGCAUUAACCCGAUUGCCCUCUACUUUGUCAGCCAAAAGUUUAAAAACUGUUUCCAGUCUUGCCUGUGUUGCUGGUGUUACAGAACAUCUCAUCUGGAUGACCAAGGACGCUGGAAGGGCUCAUGCCACGUGCUCCCAUCAGGGACAAACAGCAGUCUCAGUGCCGACAAACUGGCCUUCAGAUCAGAGUCAGAAGGGGAACCUGGAGUCACUUCUACAGGACUCGCCGCAGACUGAAAGACUCAAAGAUCAACCCCAAAAUGCUGAUGAAAUAAUGGAAGUGUGCCUCCUCAGGCUGUAAUAGUAAAUGCAAAAGCUUUGAUGAAACCGAUGCUACAUAAACACGUUCAUAUUCCUACGCUGAGGCCUCUCUAGAGGACAACUCGGUGACACUAAAAAUGCAUUUAUACAGAAUGUUUAUUCAAACCACUAUGUAAAUGUAUGUACAGUAUUAUUUACAUAUAGAGUGCAAACUUACCAUCAUAUUUAGCCUUAGUACUUUGUGUAGCUAUGAAUAAGCACUGAAAAACACUACCUGUUGAAGCUUUAUUACCUCACGGGGAAAGCUAGAGGGAAACUGUGACCCUUAGUAAUUUUACAAUGUAGCUUCUAUUUUUCUAAGAAAACAACACAAAGCACACGGAGAGCUUGUGUUACCUAAAGACGUGAGGUGUCCACGUGUUAUUAUUGCCAAAUAUUUCACCUCUAUCGGAGAGCAGUAAUGUUUCUGUGGCUGGAAAUUAGUCUGAAAAUGCUUUGUGAGAGCUGUUUAAGUAAUACAUUUCUGAGCCAUGUAAAAGCUUUUGGGAAGGAAAAAGAAAUUUGCUGGUUAAGCUGUAUGUAAGUGAAUGAUUUAAAAACUCACAUAACAAGGGAAGGUUAAAAAGUUCCACAACACAGCCCAUAAAAAGCUGAGGUCAGACAUGACUUAAAUGAGGCAUCAUGGACCUGUAACUUGUGCAGAGAGCAACCAUCGACUUUUGUUUCAAACAGACUCAGCUUUUAUGUUGAGGAUCGUUACUAGGAAUGACAGCUGGGUGCUCAGACCCAGAGACCAAACGGGAAAUUGCAGUGGAAGAGCUUGCAGCUUUGAACGAGGAGUGUGACCAGGAGCACACAUAUUCUUCUUAUUAUCAUUAUUAUCUAUUUUUUAAACAGUAAAUUAGUCUCCCAGGGUCAGACAGUCGAAGCAGGGCUGGGCUGUAAUGUCCUGAGUAGGGUUUUCGCAAUACUAGAAUUCCGACACUCAGGAAAAUACUCAAUACCUGAUGCUAUUUCUAACACCGCAGAUGAAAAAAUGACAAAAUAGGCAUACUUCUUUUAAAAUAUUAGAACAAUGCUGGUUCAUGCAAAGGAUUGAACCACAGCCCUGUUCAUUUUCUGUGCUUCUGUUGACUUAGUCCCACGUUUUUGUUGCUGAACAGAGUUGAAGAGGUAGGCUGCCAGUGAGAAAUGAAACAGUUUUUUUUACAAAAACAACUGUGCCUUCGUGUUAAAUUAACAGUCCAUUAACUUUACAGACAGGCAGGACUGAUAAAAUCUGCUGCCUAGCUCCAAAAUUACCGUUAAUAUUUCAUUAUUAGCCAUAGCUGCUAGCUUAAUGAUAACAGACAACUAACAUGGGUUAGCUGCUAACAGUUAAAUGGCUAAUGCUAACAUUUAUGCCAGUCAGAUUAAUGUUUGUGUUAACUAAGUAAUACUUAAUGUGUUUGAAACAGGAGUUUUACUGACCUCUCAAACUUCCUCAGAAAGACAGGAUAUAAAUUAAGAUGCUUUGCGAGUCUGUUGAUGCGUUCAGCUGCUAGUGUGGGGAGGGGCCGUGCUGCAUGAACUUGUCUGUCUAGACUUCUGUGGUGAGUCUUUGUAGAGCCUGCAAAGUCACCUGUGUAACUGACCAAUGUCAUUGCCAGCAUUUGUGUACGUGCAAGUGCAUUACAUGUUAAUUACCCCGUGGCUGUGUCUCUGUUUGUAUGCCAGCCAACAGAAACAAACAAAACGCUUUUUGAAGAAAAAUCUAAUCUAAUCUAACAUCAUCUCACAAUGAGAAGGAUAAAGGUAGCUGAAAGUAAAGUGAAUACAAGCACUUAAUAAUCACAUAUAAAUCUAAUAUAAAAACUCCCCAUCAGAAGGAACACAUUUAUUCUGUAUUCACAACAUUGUCACUUGGGGAGAAAAAAUUGCAUGUUACAGUUCAUUUUAAGAAAAUGGGACAGUGCCAAUAUUAAUAACACUCAGUCCAGUGAUAAAGAAAAGCCUAGGAUGAACCCAUUUUAUGUAGCCUAAUUUCAGUACAGUGUUUCUAAGAUGUGGUUAGAAACGCUUUCACUGUUCUCAGUAAUCGUGAAAUGUGCGUAUUCUGAGAAUCCAGACAACGUGUUUGCCGUCAUUUGGAAGACUGAAAUAGAGCACACUGAAAUAUGUUUAUCAUUUUAACGCCUGGACACAACAUCAAUCAAGUCAGCUGAUCAUGCAGUAUGUGACUCAUUAAAAUCUAUUUCUUGCCAUUUUGAGCCUGCUUUUAGCUGCAUCUAAGUGAUUGUACAACUUUGUAAGUUUCCUUUGUAAGUGGGACCAACAAGCUGAGACACGUCGGUAAUUUGACCUGGACGAUCAAGUUAAAUGUUUAUAUCCCCUUAUGUCUGAAAUCACAUUUAUAUUAGUAUGCAGUAAUAAAUAUCAUUUUAUAGCA